CUCUCCCUGCCCCCUCGGGCUCGGCCGGAGGUGGCCGAGGGAUUGUUGAUUUUUCCUUCCUCUUCUCCUGAGAACUACGGAUCGCUCCCCCCAACCCCCCCUCCGCCCUCCCAAUCCGCGGGCGCCCCGCCUCUUGGAAAUAAAACUUGGAUCAGCCGGGGAGGGCGAGCCAGACUGUGAUUGUUGUCGUCCGCGCGCUGCCCGGGGAAACUGAGGCCGCGGACCGGGCCGGUCCCGGGCGCUCUAUGCCAGGCGGGAGGGGGCGAGAGGGGCGAGACCCUGCCCGGCCCGGAGGAGGAGGAGGAGGAGGAGGAAGAGGCAGGUAAAGGGCGGGCCCCGGGUUGAUGUUCCACCAGGCCCAGCCGCUGGCCGAGGGGGGCCUCCCCCCCAUGGGGGCCCUGCGGGCGGACUGGGGCAACUGGACCCCCAACGGGACGGCCCCGGGGGCCCCCCGGCCGCCCCCGUACUCCCUGCAGGUCACCCUGACCCUGGUCAGCCUGGCCGGGCUGCUGAUGCUGCUGACCGUGUUCGGCAACGUGCUGGUGAUCAUCGCCGUGCUCACCAGCCGGGCGCUGAAGGCCCCCCAGAACCUGUUCCUGGUGUCCCUGGCGUCGGCCGACAUCCUGGUGGCCGCGCUGGUCAUCCCCUUCUCCCUGGCCAACGAGGUGAUGGGCUACUGGUACUUCGGGCCGGCCUGGUGCGAGAUCUACCUGGCGCUGGACGUGCUGUUCUGCACGUCCAGCAUCGUGCACCUGUGCGCCAUCAGCCUGGACCGCUACUGGUCCGUCACGCGGGCCGUCGAGUACAACCUCAAGCGGACGCCGCGGCGCAUCAAGGCCGUCAUCCUCACCGUGUGGGUCAUCUCGGCCGUCAUCUCCUUCCCGCCGCUCAUCUCCCUGGAGAAGGAGAAGGGCCGUGUAGGGGGCGGCGGCGGCGGCGAGCGGGGGGAGCCGCGCUGCGAGAUCAACGACCAGAAGUGGUACGUCGUCUCGUCGUGCAUCGGCUCCUUCUUCGCCCCCUGCCUCAUCAUGAUCCUGGUGUACGUGCGCAUCUACCAGAUCGCCAAGCGCCGCACGCGCGUGCCCGCCAACGCCGCGCGCCGCCCCCGCCGGCCGCCUCGGGAGCGCGCGCGCCCCAACGGCCUGGCGCCGCCCAAGCUCAACGGCGCCGCGGAGGCGCGCGGGGAGCCCGCCGAGAGCGCCCCCUGCCGACCGGAGCCCAACGGGCCGGACCCCGACGGCAGCUCGUCGUCGGGGCGGGCCGCCCCCUCAGAACCAGCACCACCAGCACCACCACCACCACCACCACCGCCACCACCGCCCCGCCGGCCCGCCAAGGCCGGCCGCGUCCGCCCGGGCCCCUCAGGCCCUCCCCGCGACGACGACGACGACGACGACGGCCAGCGCGGCGCCAAGGGGUCCCGCUGGCGCGGCCGGCAGAACCGCGAGAAGCGCUUCACCUUCGUCCUGGCCGUCGUCAUCGGCGUGUUCGUCGCCUGCUGGUUCCCCUUCUUCUUCACCUACACCCUCACCGCCCUCUGCUGCCCCGCCCCGCGGACCCUCUUCAAGUUCUUCUUCUGGUUCGGCUACUGCAACAGCUCCCUCAACCCCGUCAUCUACACCAUCUUCAACCACGACUUCCGCAGGGCCUUCAAGAGGAUCCUCUGCCGGGGGGGCGGCAAGAGGACCGGCUGAGGGGACCCGGACGGCGGGAGGGAUG